AUGACGGGCAGCCGAGUGGGAGCUGCGCAGCUGCACAUGAGGCCACAGGAGGGAGCUGUUGCUCCACCAGUGGCACAGCAGCCCAGCACCGUGGUAGCAACGAGCCCUGCGCCAGCGCAGCUCGUGUUGGCCACGCCCACCAGUGUCUCAGCGCGGAUGCCGCUCGGCCCGCUCUCGGACAAAUCACAGCAAUGGCGGCACUGCGGGGCGCCAGACUGGGUUAUAAGCACUGUUACCAAGGGUUACAGACUCCAGUUUGCAUCCACCCCUCCCCUUUUCAAUGGUAUACUGCAGUCGCAGGCCAGGGGGCAAAAUGCACGAAUUUUGCAGGAAGAGAUCAAAACACUGCAGGGCAAAAGAGCCAUUCAGCUAGUGCCACCGGAGCAGGCUCACAGCGGGUUCUACUCCAGAUACUUCCUGGUCCCAAAACGGGGUGGAGGCCUGCGUCUGAUUCUAGACCUGCGAGCACUGAACAAAUACUUGAGGAAGUACAAAUUCAGAAUGCUAACACACGCAGGUCUGGUACGGUUUAUGCGUCCAGGAGACUGGUUCGUCUCCAUAGAUUUGAAAGACGCAUAUUUUCACGUCCCAAUAUACCCCCCUCACAGAAAGUAUCUCAGAUUUUCCUUUCGAGGGAAGGUUUACGAGUUUCUAGUGCUCCCCUUCGGCCUCUCACUGAGUCCGCGGGUGUUUGUGAAAUGCACGGAGGCCGCCGUCGCACCCAUGAGACAGAUGGGCGUUCGGCUGGCCAUGUAUAUAGACGACUGGCUGCUCGCAGCGCAGUCUCCCGAAGAACUCAGGAGGCAGGCCAGGUUGCUCACAUCGCACCUAACUGCACUGGGCUUCACAGUAAACUGGGGAAAGUGUGUAUUGACACCAGUUCAAACGAUCACUUUCAUCGGCUUAUCCCUGAACUCGGUCGAGUUCAGAGCGCGACUCUCAGCGGAGAGAGUGACAGCCUUCCGGGCGUGUCUGUCACAGUUCCGCAGGGGGGCGUGGAUAACAUUCAGACUGUGCCUCAAACUCCUCGGGCUGAUGGCAUCGGCGCUGUCCGUCAUCCCUUUUGGCCGCUUACACAUGCGUCCUUUUCAGCGGUGGGUGGCGUUGCUCAAUCUAAGCCCCGCCCGCCAUGGUCACCGACGAGUGCUUGCUUCGGUUACAUGCAUUCUCGCCCUACACAAGUGGAGGGACAUCUCCUUCCUCACCACGGGUGUUGUCAUGGGAACCGUGCAAACAAGACAGGUGAUCACCACAGACGCCUCGCUGACAGGCUGGGGAGCCACUCACGAGGGCAGGACAGUGAACGGUUUGUGGGGCUCCCACAUGCGAUCAGUUCACAUAAACUGCUUGGAACUCCUGGCGGUGUCUCUUGCACUGGAACAUUUCUUACCCUUCCUGAAAGGGCGCCAUGUUUUUGUCAGGACCGACAAUACCACAGUGGUGGCGUAUAUCAACAGACAAGGAGGGCUGCGCUCAUUUCAGUUGCACACGCUAGCACACAGACUGAUUAUGUGGAGCAGCUCCCGUCUUCUGUCGCUGCGGGCCAUCCAUGUACCGGGGAUAAUAAUGGGAGCCGACCUGCUCUCCAGAGGGAACCCGCGUUACAGGGAAUGGAAGCUCCACAGCCAGGUGGUAGCCCAGAUGUGGAGCAUUUACGGUCAAGCAGAGGUCGAUCUCUUUGCGUCAGCGGAGAACACCCAGUGUCAAAUGUUCUACUCUCUGACGGACCAGAGCGCCCCCCUGGGGGUGGACGCUCUAGCGCACGAGUGGCCGUGCCGACUUCUGUAUGCGUUCCCACCGUUGGAGUUGAUUGCCCCUACCCUCACCAGGGUUCGGGAGGGGAAACACUCUCUCAUCCUCGUAGCCCCUCGGUGGCCCGGGAAACACUGGCUAGCGGACAUCAUUCAGAUGCUGCACAGCCAACCGUGGCCCCUGCCUUUACGCAGGGACCUCCUGUCGCAGGCCCGCGGGGAAAUUUUUCAUCCUCAUCCGGAGCGCCUGGCUCUGUGGGCCUGCCCGUGA